UGGGUUUUUUGGUAUAUCCACCGAUUGCAUUUUUCUUCUCCAGGGGGAGGGGGUCGCACCGUUUUGGACAGUGCAGGACAGUCGAGUUAAAAGCUUGGAUGAGACGCCUCGCUCGGAUACCGAGAUGGAGUUGCUGCUGAUCUGCUUUUCCUUGUGGAUAUUGCACUGCAAUCCGGCCAAUGCGGACUCAAUCAUUCAUAUCGGUGCCAUAUUCGAGGAAAAUGCUGUCAAAGACGAUGAGAUUUUCCAACUCGCCAUCUCAGACCUGAGUUUAAAUGAUGACAUCCUGCAGAGCGAGAAAAUCACCCACUCUGUGAAACUUAUCGAGCCUAACAACCCAUUCCAGGCUGUGCAGGAAGCAUGUGAAUUAAUGAACCAGGGGAUCCUUGCGCUGGUUACGUCUACGGGUUGCGCCGCUGCGAGCGCCCUUCAGUCUCUAACAGAUGCAAUGCACAUCCCUCACCUCUUCAUCCAAAGAAACGGGGACGGUGGACCCCGCACCGCUUGCCAGCUCAACCCCAGCCCAGACGGAGAGAGCUACACACUGGCCGCCCGUCCGCCCGUUCGCAUCAACGACGUCCUGCUUACCCUCGUCUCAGAGUUUCACUGGCAAAAGUUUAUAAUCUUUUAUGAGAGUGACUACGAUAUCAGAGGACUGCAAACCUUCAUGGAUCAAGCGUCUCGGCUCGGUCUGGAUGUGUCCUUGCAGAGGGUGGACCGCAACGUCAGCCGAGUGUUUACCGAUCUCUUCAAUACGAUGCACACGGAGGAGCUGAACCGGUACCGGGACACUCUGCGACGGGCCGUGCUGCUCAUGAGCCCUCGAGGAGCUCAGGUCUUCAUUCACCAGGCAGUUGAAACCAACCUUGCAUCCAAGGACAGUCACUGGGUCUACGCCAAUGAGGAAGUGAGCGAUGCAGAUAUAAUGGAGUUGAUUCACAGCUCGCUGGGGCGGAUGACAAUCAUUCGUCAGGUUUUCCCACUGUGGAGGGAUACCAACGUUCGAUGCAUGAGGAACAAUCAUCGCAUUUCGUCCCUGCUGUGUGAUCCACAGGAAGGCUACCUGCAGUCACUGGAGGUGUCCAAUCUCUACCUAUAUGAUAGUGUUUUGAUGCUGGCAAACGCCUUCUAUAGGAAACUGGAGGAUAGGAAGUGGCACAGUAUGGCCAGUCUAAACUGCAUGAGGAAGUCCACAAAACCAUGGAAUGGAGGCUGGUCUAUGCUGGACACCAUUCAAAAGGGACGGAUCAGCGGCCUGACUGGAUUGAUGGACUUUCGUGCUGAAGGCUCCAAUUCCCACGUACAGUUUGAGAUUCUUGGGACUAGCUACAGUGAGACUUUUGUGAAAGACGUGAAACGGCUGGCGUCGUGGGACUCCACUCGUGGCCUGAACGGAAGCCUCAAGGAGAACCGGAUAGAGAGUAGCAUGCAGGGAGUGACGCUCAAGAUUGUGACAUUACUGGAGGAACCUUUUGUGAUGGUGGCAGAAAACAUUCUGGGUCAACCCAAACGAUAUAAAGGCUUUUCCAUCGAUGUCCUGGACGGCCUUGCCAAGAUCCUGGGCUUCAAGUACGAUAUUUACCAAGUCGGCGAUGGGAAGUACGGUUCGGCUCUCCCUAAUGGGUCCUGGAAUGGCAUGAUUGGAGAACUCAUUGGCAAGCGAGCUGACUUGGCCGUAUCUGCCAUCACCAUCACACCGGAGCGUGAGAGUGUAGUGGACUUCAGCAAGCGCUACCUGGACUAUUCCGUGGGGAUCCUGAUGCGCAAGUCUGAGGAAAAGAUCAACAUUUUCUCUCUGCUUGCCCCAUUCGACCUGGCCGUGUGGGCAUGCAUCGCAGCGGCUAUACCUGUAGUGGGCAUCAUGAUCUUCCUGCUCCGACGUAUCCAAGCAGUCAGAUGUCACAGCAGCACAGGCCAUCCACCACCUCCCACCUCUACCUCACUUCAGAGCGCCAUCUGGAUCGUCUAUGGGGCCUUUGUGCAGCAAGGCAGCGACUCAAUUCUGGGCUCAGUGGCUCUGCGUAUCGUCAUGGGCAGCUGGUGGCUUUUCACCCUCAUCGUGUGUUCGUCCUACACAGCGAACCUGGCUGCCUACCUCACUGUAUCACGCAUGGACAAUGCAGUCAGGUCAUUUCAGGACCUUUCCAAACAAGUGGACCUUGCCUAUGGGACAGUGCGAGACUCAGCUGUGUACGAAUAUUUCCAUGCUAAAGGCACCAACCCCUUGGAGCAGGACAGCACGUUUGCUGAACUCUGGAAGGUUGUCAACAAGAACAACGGCUUUGAUAACUCUGUUUCAAGUCCAUCAGAGGGCAUCAAAAAGGCAAAGCGGGAGUCGUACGCCUUUCUGUGGGACAUGGCGGUGGUGGAGUAUGCUGCUCUGACAGAUGACGACUGCACACUGACUAUAGCAGGAAACAGCAUGAGCACCAGAGGCUACGGCAUGGCCCUGCAACACGGCAGUCCGUACAGAGACCUCUUCUCUCAGAAGAUUUUGGAGCUGCAGGAAAAAGGCGAUCUAGACAUCCUCAAACAAAAAUGGUGGCCAAAGAAAGGCCGCUGUGACCUGCAGAGCCAUACAGAUGCACAGCCAGAAGGACGAGCGUUGCGUCUCCACAGCUUUGCCGGCGUAUUUUGUAUCUUAGCCGCCGGUCUUCUGCUCGCCCUCCUGGUGGCGGCACUGGAAACCUUGUGGAACAGCAACCACUGCCGGAGAGAGCAGCCCAAAGAGGACAAAGAGGUGAACCUGGAACAGGUCCACCAGCGUUUGAACAGCCUCCUGGAUGAGGACCUUGCCCACAAGCAUCUGCCAGGUCAGUCAAUCGAGAUCUCCGCCCUUGACAUCGGCAGCAUCCAGCCCAGUCAGUCUCUGGAGGCCUUGUCGGUUCGAGACUACCCAUCACACCGCGGGCCCCCGCCUCUGUCCGUGACCACCUUCCUCCGGGAGAGCCACGGGGCAGGAAGGACACUGGGAGCAGCCGCUGGCAGGACCUUGCCCCUGCCGCUUAGCAGCGCCACGAUGCCCUCUAUCCGGUGCAAACACAGAGCUCCCAAUGGGGGUCUCUUCCGGCAGAGCCCAGUCAAGACACCCAUGCCAUUGUCCUACCAACCAGUGCCAGGAGGACCCAUCCCAGAAGCCAGAGAGCCCAGCCACGGGACGUCUAUUUGAGUAUGACGAACGUUCACAAACACUCGAGCUCAAACAGAAGAGACCAGAGAUAACUGGAGUGCCUACAAUAUGAGGAGAUAUAAAUAAACAUUACAAAGGAUUUUUAUUACCAGUUGAGAUGAAGACACGACAGGACUCUAAGACUUUAAUGUAGAUAUUUGUAAGUACAAAUAAAAAAAACAUUAAAAAUGUAUUUUGAAUAUUCUUCACAGUUGAGUUUAAAAAAAAAAACAACUAAAAGAUUGAAAAAAAAAAACGACUGUUCAAAUGGCUUUGUAAAUUUUGUUCUCAAUGAAUAAAGGUGACAAUUCUU